AUGGUACCACGAAUUAUUAUAACACCGCGAUUACGUAGUGCAUUUAAAGCGUGUGUUGGAGGAAGUUUUGUCUUUGUUGGUGCAAAUCUGCUUAUGGGUAGCGAACGAUUUUAUGAAGAAGUUGUCAUGCCAACCUUACGAUGGAUCGAUCCGGAAACCGUACAUCGAUUUUCGAUACAAAUGGCUAAAUUUGGGCUUGUUCCUCGAAUGAAAACCAUCGAUGAUCCGAUUCUGCAUUCCACUGUAUGGAAUAGACGAUUUAAAAAUCCUAUUGGUCUAGCUGCUGGUUUUGAUAAGAAUGGUGAAGCGAUUGAUGGAUUAACAAAGUUUGGCUUUGGAUUUAUUGAAAUUGGAACAGUUACACCGAAACCACAAGCCGGUAAUGAAAAACCUCGUGUCUUUCGUCUCACAGAAGAUCGUGCGGUAAUCAAUCGUUACGGGUUUAAUAAUGAUGGCUAUGAAGCAGUUCGCGCGCGUCUCAUCGACUAUCGUCAACGUACAAAAGCAAAUAACGACCGUAAGUAG